AAAAAAAAAAAUAAAAAAAUCCCACCUCCUCACCUUCUUCAUAGAUACUCAAUCGGUUGCAGAAGAAAUCUACAAAAUUCAUCAAAGUUAGGUUUUCCUUUUUCUCUUUCUAAAACUUAACAGCACGAAAAUUGAAGGGAGAGAAGCAAUGGACGGCGUAAGGUCUGCGACGGACCAGCAGAUGUUAGUUUCGUCUUUCCUUGAAAUCGCCGUCGGUCAAACCGCCGAUACUGCCCGUCAGUUCCUUCAGGCAACAAGCUGGAAGCUUGACGAAGCAAUUCAGCUUUUCUACAUCGGAAAUGAGGCUGGGGCUGCUGCAUCUUUUAAUUCUCCAGAAUUGGGAAAUGAUGCACUUCUUGGUGAUCCGAGCUUGAGUGGAGCUGUGAAGGACUUGGCAGACAACAGCUGGGGACAAGGCGAUGGAGAUGAUAUACGACCACCUUUACCUGUAAAAAGGGAAGUUCUUUAUGACAAUGCUGUACUAUAUGGUUCAUCAGGAGUGGGAGGUUCAUCACGUGAACCUCGAUUAGUAGUUCCCUUCCGCAAUUUUGAGGAGGAAAUGAAGCGUCCUGGAGUUUGGGAGGCAGAGAAACGUUCUAUUUCUACAGCAGAUGCUGCUCAAGACAAUCUUGCUUCUUUGUAUCGUCCUCCUUUUGCCUUGAUGUACCAUGGGCCUUUUGAGAAGGCGAAAGAUGCUGCUAGAGCGCAGAACAAAUGGCUCUUGGUGAAUAUGCAAUCCACGCGAGAAUUCAGCUCACAUAUGCUUAACCGAGACACUUGGGCUAAUGAGGCUGUUGCUCAGACUAUCAAAAGCAACUUCAUCUUCUGGCAGGUGUAUGAUGAUACUGAGGAGGGCAGCAAAGUUUGCACUUACUACAAGUUAGAUUCUAUGCCUGUCGUAUUGGUACUUGAUCCUAUAACAGGUCAGAAGAUGCGUUCUUGGCGUGGAAUGGUUCAGCCAGAAACUUUGCUAGAGGAUCUCAUAUCUUUCAUGGAUGCUAGCCCCUCAGAAUAUCAUGUUAAUCUUUCUCAUAAACGACCAAGAGAAACUCCUCAGGCACCACCUCGUCAACCUCAACCUCAGAAUGAAAUUGGAGAAGAGGACGAAGAACUACAACGAGCAUUGGCAGCCUCUAUGGAAGGCAUAGAAGAUCCUGGUGCAGUUGCCUCUAAAGAAACUAAUGAAGCCAAUAAUGAUGGAGAAGAGAAGCACUUGAUAAAGAAGCCUUCUUAUCCUCCUUUACCUGAAGAAUCCAAGGGCGACAGGGCCCUCCUCUGCAGAGUUGCAAUUCGCUUUCCUGAUGGUCGUAGGCUUCAAAGGAAUUUCUUACGAUCUGACUCAAUUAAGCUGCUAUGGUCCUUCUGUUCUACUCAGCUUGAGGAAGCCGAGACGAGGCCAUUUCGAUUCACACAAGCUAUCCCAGGCGCAUCGAAGUUUUUGGAGUAUGAUAACAACAUAACCUUUGAGGAAUCAGGUCUUGCCAAUUCUAUUAUUUCAUUCACUUGGGAGUGAAGCGGUGGAUUUACAUAAUGAUGUAAAUCUGACACUUUAUUUAUAACUACUGGGCAAGGAUGUCGAUCAAAGAUCCUACUGGUCGAGUGCUUUCUGCCUUUUCUACUUAUCAACAAAAAAAAAAAAAAACCUUUUUGCCUUUUUUUUUUUUGCCGUUAUUUUGCCUUAAAUUAUAGUAUCUUGGCUUUGGAAGUUGUAUAAGAUGCUAUUAAAGUCUGUACAUUUUGCUAAACAUGUACAUAAUUAUGAUGAGUUCUUGGUGAAUAAUUAUAAGUAUCUGAGCUUUGCAAUUUGGUUCUCCUCA